UCUCUCUCUCUCUCUCUCGCUCGCUCUGUUUCUCUACGCUAGCUGAUAAGGCGCUGAAUCUAAAUCACUGCGCUCAUUCGAUUCAAGAAGCUGUAGAAGUAAACAACGCGAGAAAUGCACUGCAAAUGGAAAUGGAAGUGGACUGAAGUGCUGCCUCCGCUGAUGCUGCUGGGCUUGGCAGCGGGAUCGGAGCUGUAUGGCGAUAUACACACAGCUUCCGAAUUUGAGGCACUAAGUCUAACGCACACGAAUCUGUGUCAGCGCGAACUGCCUGCCAUCUUCUUUCAGACUAACAAGAAUCAGCCGGUGCGUGGCAAUGGCUCGAGCAUCUUUUUCCAGCGCAUCGAACAGUGCUGCGCUGGCUAUCGAACAGAUCCGCAUAGCGGGCAAUGUGUGCCGGAUUGUGGGCUCAAUACGCCGGACAAUUGCCGGAACGGCUUCUGCCGCGUCACGGGCCAGUGCGAAUGCUUCCCGGACUUUGUGCGCAACGAGCAGGGCGCUUGCAUACACACCUGCCCGAUCGCCUGCCAGCAUGGACGCUGCUAUCUGAAUGGCACCUGUGCUUGCCAGCCGGGCUACAUUCUGGAUCCAGAGACUCGCCUCUUCUGCCGCGCUCGCUGUCCCAAGGGCUGUGGCACGCAUGAGCAGUGCGUGGCGCCCGAUAAGUGCGAGUGCUUGCCGGGCUAUCGACAUAGCCCAGAGCUGGGCUGCCAGCCCAUCUGUGCGCCGGACUGUGGCUACGGGAAAUGCGUGGCGCCCAAUCAAUGCGAAUGCAUUCCGGGCUUCAUCAAGCGACGACAGCGCAACGUCUGCGAGGCCGAAUGCUAUCUACACUGCGAGAAUGGCUUCUGUGAGUCCCGCUUCAAAUGCAACUGUCGUACGGGCUAUCAAUAUGAUGAGAAUACGACCAGCUGCCUUCCAGUUUGCCCGGACGACUGUGGGCGUGGCAAUGGAGUGUGCAUUGCGCCUGGCAUCUGCCGCUGCUUCGAGGGCUACGAGCUGCGCGGCAACAGCUGUGAGCCCAAGUGCGACAGCUCCUGCGGGGACUAUGGCAAAUGUCUGUCGCCCAAUGUCUGCGGCUGUGUUCCAAAUGAACAGCACUGCCUGAAUGGCAGCUGCGAUGCCCAUGGCCACUGCGUUUGUCCAGCUGGACAGACGCACUACGUCGGCCAGUGCCUGGAGCCACAACAUAUUGAACGGAAGCUGAGCAGCUGGCAGCAGCGUACAGAGCUCAAUGAAGACAUGAAGUACGAGUUUAAUGCUUUAAUCGGCCGUCUGUUUAAUUGGUCGUAGUUCUUAAAUAACAA